AUGCAGAGCAUGAAGCGCAAACACGAUCUUUCCGAAAGUGAUUUCCAGGUGGCCUUCGUCGAGUCUUUCGAAAAGUGCCGUACCCUCGUUCAUCCGGAUGACAAGCAGAUAUCAACAGCGGCGGACCAGUCACCACAUUGGAACAAUCAAGACCACAGGAUGACCGAAGGCUCCCAAAUGAACUCGGCCGUGCCUGCACCACAGUGGGAUUACCAAGACCACGGGAUAACUGGAGGCACUCAAAUGAACUCGGCCGUGCCCGCACCACAGUGGGAUUACCAAGACCACGGGAUAACUGGAGGCACUCAAAUGAACUCGGCCGUGCCCGCACCACAGUGGGAUUACCAAGACCACGGGAUAACUGGAGGCACUCAAAUGAACUCGGCCGUGCCCGCACCACAGUGGGAUUACCAAGACCACGGGAUAACUGGAGGCACUCAAAUGAACUCGGCCGUGCCCGCACCACAGUGGUAUAAUCAAGAUCACGGGAUAACUGGAGGCUUCCAAAUGAGCCCGGGGGUGCCAAAUUUGCUCUUUUCUGUGAAGGAUAUCCAGGAGGCGUCGUUGGAAUAUGCUGAAGAUGACAGUUCGCAGGUGGCCGGAGGGAGUCAGCCGAGAGCUUAG